UCCCACAAGGCAGCGCGCCGGGCCGACGCGGCCGGCUUCGGAGCCCUUUGUGAGGGCGGCAGGCUACGCCAGACGGCGGCACCAUGAGCGGCUCGGGCGGGGCGGCGGCGGCGGCCGUCAGUUCCGCGCCGCCCGCGCAGGACGAGGGCAUGACGUGGUGGUACCGCUGGCUGUGUCGCCUGUCGGGGGUGCUGGGGGCCAUCUCUUGCGCCAUCUCUGGCCUCUUCAACUGCAUCACCAUCCACCCUCUGAACAUCGCGGCUGGCGUGUGGAUGAUCAUGAACGCCUUCAUCCUGCUGCUCUGCGAGGCGCCCUUCUGCUGCCAGUUCAUUGACUUUGCGAACACCGUGGCGGAGAAGGUGGACCGCCUGCGCUCCUGGCAGAAAGCCGUCUUCUACUGCGGGAUGGCCAUCAUUCCCAUCGUCAUCAGCCUGACCCUGACCACGCUGCUGGGCAACGCCAUCGCGUUCGCCACCGGGGUGCUGUACGGACUCUCUGCUCUGGGCAAAAAGGGCGACGCGAUCUCCUAUGCUAGGAUCCAGCAGCAGAAGCAGCAGGCGGAUGAGGAGAAACUCACGGACACCCUGGAGGGGGAGCUGUGAUGCGAGCUCCCUGCUCGCCCCGCUGGUUCUGUGUGGGCACGUCCUGCAGGGAUUAGGCCUGGAGCAUUGACCCUGAAGGACAGCCUGGAAGAGGAGCCUUUGCCUGGCUCCCAGCAACCCCUCUACACCUGUCCCUACACCUGGAGCCCUCUUCUGUCUUCUUUCUCUAGCUUGGUGUCUCCUGGCCCUGGGCCUCGGCCAGCAGCAAAGAGACCUGCAGUGACAGCGGGCAGCCUCUGUGGUGACCCAGGCCGCAGGGCUGGAAGCAGAGCACAGCCUGCAGGACCUAUGCACAGACAGCCCACCUGGCCCCACCCCUCGCAGCUGGCCUGGCUCAGCCGGAAACAGGCUGCUGUGUGUGUUUUCAGACUCCCACUGCUAGCAGAGCCACCGGGAUCUGCUGAAGGCUGGGGAGGAGCUUCCCCCAGAGAUGCUGGGCCUGUGCUGGGGCGGGGGAGAUAUGUCACCCGGGGCCCGGGCAUUGGGCAGAGUGAACCUCCUCUUGGCUCUCCAGGCAGUAAAGUAUCCUGUAGGCUGAGCCCCCUGGGCCCCCUCUGUCCACCUGUCUUUGGGACAGAGCGGUGCCCUGCUGCCCAUGGUCUCCUACCAUUGCCCAGACCCCUCCCCGCCUCUCUGUUCUCUGUGGGAGCCCACAGCAUCCCCGAGAUGCUUCUCGAGUACCCAGAACAGCAGCCUUGGCAGCGGCUGGACUGUUGGGGAGUGCUCCCUUUCCUGGUUCCCUGGAAGCUUGGACAAGCCAUUCCAGGGUAUGUCUCAUGGGCCUGGCCCGGGCCCCCAGGUUCUCCCCCCAACCCCCAAGGCCCUGGUGCUAAGGAAGUGGGGAGGGCAGGCUCUCCUCUCCCAUGGGGCUGUUUGUCCACCUCUCUGAUGUGGUCCUGCCAUGUUAGCAGGGGCCCAAGCCCAGUUCGUAGGGCUAAGCUUGACCCACCGGUAUUGCUGCCAGCCUGCCCCCGGCCCUGCCUUUGGGAGCUGCUUGCCCUUGAGAGCUGGGCAGAGGCCAGAGCUGCCUCCACCACCGUGAGCUGUCCACAGGCCACCUGGGAGCAAGGCCUGUGCAGAGGGCGCAAGGAGGCGGCCCUGCCUGGGUUGUGUGCCGCCUCCCCUGGCCUCCCUCCAUGCCAGCGUUCCUGUGUCCCCCCACGUAUGUCCGCCUGAGCCCGUUGACGGUUCUGCUUACCGGACUGGCCCCCAGCUGCGAAGCCUGUGUGACACGGCCUGGCCGAGGCUGGGCGGCACUGGGCAGAAACGGGCUGGUGUGGAAAAGACUCCCUCUGGGGCCCAGCUCUGCUCUUCCUUCUCCCGGGACCCUGGCUGUGCCUGCUCACAGCCCUGAGCUCGGCCCGCGCCCUGCUUUGUGGGAACCAGCCUUAGGGCCUGUCCAGGUCCUUGCUUCCCAGCGGGAAUUCUCCUCUCUCGGCCUCGUUAGUGUUCCACAGCAGGAGGGGCAGUUACUGCCCUGGGGACAUGUCACAGGGCUCCUGGUCAGCAGUGGCCCCCCCGCGGCCUUCCAGAGAGCCUGACCAGGCUGAGCCCCAGGGCACUGCAGCGUGGCCGGCCUGGUGGGACACGUGCCUUCAGGGGUCCUCUGGGACCACCUUUCUCAAGCAAGUGCUGGGUUCAAAGGGCUCUAGACCUCUCCAGGCGGGCAGGAAUGUGUGUGUGUGUAUGUGUGUGUGUGUGUGUCUUCUGCGUGUGCUGUAAGACCUGUCUACCUCCCAAGAGGAGCAAGGGCCCUGCCCGCCCCUCUUGGCUCAUUCUUACCCAGGAAGUGGGACACGGGGGUCACUUCUGCCCCGCCCGCCUGCCCCUGCUGCAGGGGCCUCGCUGGCGGGGGUGUCCUUCUGCAGGAGGAGGGGGGCUGGCUGUGUCCGCGAAGGUUGCACCUCUACCCUGUCAGGAAGUUGGGUGGGUGUUGGGUGGGCUCUAGAGGCAGGCGCAGAGGUGGGAGGGUCCUCCAACCCCUCAGUCACCGGCCGGGAUGGACCGUCAUGUGCCCGAGGUUCCCAGCAAGUGGGGCCAAGCAGACCUGGAGCAGUGACGUGGAGCAGUGACCCGUCCCUCAGCACGGGGUGCCGCCUUGCAAGGAACAUCUGUCCAGGUGGCAGAGGGGGCUGGGCCGCCAGGGCCCACUCCCGCCUCCAUGGCUCUGCACUCUUGUUGCCUGGGGGUCCUCAUUUUCUCUCAGUGUUUAGCUUGCAUUUUGAGCAAUAAAGCCUGGCGGUAGCUUGUACGCU